AGACGAACCCGCUCGUAGCACCCGCUACGAACAACUUUGUAACGCGAAAUAUUAAAAACUGAGUGUUAUUGUGUUGUGAAGUGAGUUGUAACUUUGGAGAGCUAAAAAUCGGGAAGAUGUCUCUGGUGCCGCCCGGCGGGAACGACUCGCCGAGUCCUCGCCGCGCAGUCAGCCCACUUCUGGAGUCCCGGAGGCCACAUUGCACCUUGGCUUGUGAUUAUUGUGCCGCCAUAUUGGAAGAUAAGUUCAAGCGUAAUGCAGAGAUGCGCAAUCGUGGUACAUCACCAUUAUCAGUGUCACCUCGACAGUCGUUAACUGGUGAACCACCUUGGACAUUGCCUGAUGAUGACCGACCUGACUUCUCUGCGCUCAAGGAAAACAUUCAUAGGAUCAAUAAGGACUGCGAAACAUCGACUCGCCUGGACAUGCUAUUAACUCAAGUGGAACAAUACGCGAACAAUCUAGAAGCUCUCGUGGAAGAAAGAACAUCCGAUUAUUUGGAGGAAAAGAGGAAAUGCGAGGAAUUGCUCUAUCAGUUACUACCAAAAUCCGUAGCAUCACAACUAAUAAUGGGCCAGCCAGUGAUGGCAGAAACGUACGACCAAGUGACGAUCUACUUCAGCGAUAUAAUUGGUUUCACGCAACUGUCAGCCGAAUCUACCCCACUCGAGGUCGUUGACCUACUGAACGAUCUGUACACUAGCUUCGACUCUAUCAUCGAGAAUUUCGAUGUUUAUAAGGUGGAAACAAUAGGCGACGCAUACAUGGUAGUAUCAGGGCUUCCCAUGCGUAACGGCAACAGACACGCCGCAGAAAUCGCGCGCAUGUCGAUAGCUUUGCUCAACGCGGUGCGACUCAAGACCGUGCCGCACAGACCCGGCGAGAGACUGUUGUUAAGGAUCGGCAUGCAUACAGGACCUUGCGUGGCCGGUGUUGUUGGUCUUAAGAUGCCCAGAUAUUGUCUCUUCGGAGAUACAGUUAACACUGCAUCUAGAAUGGAAUCUCAUGGUGAAGCUCUGAAAAUACACGUUAGCCCCAAAACUAAAGAAGUACUGGAUUUGUACGACUGUUUCGAUCUGGCUUGUAGAGGAGAAAUUACUAUGAAGGGUAAAGGCAAAAUGACAACAUAUUGGCUGCUCGGCGAAAAAGGGCAAAACGAGGCACAAUACCAAGAAACUUGUAACGAAAAUAUUAAUGUUAACCCUAGUAUAACAUUUCAAGGUCCAGACAGUCCAGCUUCACAUUCCCUCACACACAGCGACAGUCCCAAAAGAAACGGAACCAAAGAUACCAAUAUUAUGACCUUAGCAGAAAUAUCCAAUGAACGAGAUCGUAUUAAACAUGAAAUAGCCACUUUUGUUGCUAAAGAUCUCAUCAACAAUAUAGACAGCGCUGUUAGAGAAAUAAAACUAUCUCAAAGCGCUACUUUUAAUACAUUACCUACUAACAAACUGUGUAAUGGUAACGGCAAAGAAAUAAUAACCCCGACUUAUGAUAAAGAAUUAGUCAUAAAUAAAGGAAAAGUACGUGAUGUUGUUAAUCGAUUUAACAACACAAUUAAUAAUACGAACGACGUUAAAAACAUAAAACCAAAGAUAGAAAAGUAAUGUGGUAACGGUCUAAAUAUUGUUUGUGUUAAUAUAUUAUAUUGAUGUUGAAUAAAAUAAAGUUUUAAUAUACCGUAGUGCAAAGCACCUACUCUAGUCAAUAUUAGGUUAAAUCCAGAGUUAGUUUAUUUGUGGGUGACCAACCUGCUCCGAAUUUUAAUUAGUAACUAGGUUAUGCUGACGAAUAUAUACCAGAUAAUAUAUUUAUUGGUAAGGAAACCGCGAAAACGGUGGAUCAGAAAGUCGUAGUGAGAUGUGUAAUAUAAGAUUUAGGAAAUACUAUUGUAUUUACUAGACCCCGUAGUAUUUUUACUGACCUUUUUAUAUUCCCUUACCUUUGUAACGUAUUGAAUUUCUAAAUGUUGUAUAAAUAUUGAAAUCUAUAUGUCUAUAAGCUUUAAAGUGCUUUUCUAGUCAAUGAGCUCAAGUCCUAAAUACUCUAAAUUAUUUAUUGAAUCUAUACGAGUUGUUAAUUUUUGUAAAUAUUUAUUUUUAAUUUAAAAAGGCCAGUAAGCAUUUGUGUUUUAUAUGUGUUUACACUUGUAGAUAUAUUUAAAAAUAACACCGUAGAUGAAAAAUGCAAUGGAAUUCGGAUUUUAGUAUGAUAAGAAUCUAUGUAGUAGGUAGUAGAUGUUUUAUAAUAAUAA